UUUUAACUUUUUAUGAUGUUUCAUCCUGACUCCCCACCGCCUCCCAGCAGCGGAGCGUGUCUUCCCUCCGCCGCUAGGUUUCCCAUCGGCCUAUCAAAUGCUCUCCUCGGUGCUUACGACAACACCGGGAAGCAGCGGCGAGCCUGUUCGCUUUGUUUUGUUUUGGUAGUAGGAGUUGAAGGGGGAGCGGGGGGAAGGCCGACAGACACAGGUCCUCCCCGGGCAGACCCGCUCGCUAAAUGGGGAGAGCUAAAUCGGGGAUGGAAGAUGACGAGUCGAUAGCUGACGCCUGCGAGAUGCCGAGCUUUAUGAGCAAUAUCGAGGAGGGAAGGGGGAAAUUGUCCCGAAACCAGACGACGGGGACUUCCAUCCCAGACGGCGAAGUUGGGCGGCCGCUUGGCGACCUGAGCCGACCUGUCAUCCGGUCAAAGUCCCGGUUAUCCCUCGACGGGAGGACGGGGAAGAGGAGCGGCGAGGGAGAGAGGGAUGCGGAGGGGAACAACAACAACAACUGCAACAGCGCAGGAGUCGGAGCAGCGGGGAGGAGGAGGAGGAGGGCGAGCGCCGUGGAGGUUCUGAGGAGGAAUUUCGGGGAUUCCAAGUCGCCCUCUCACUGUUCGAGUACAAAAAGCCGGAUGCAGAGCGAGGUGGAACAUGGAGCCGGCGGGGAAAGUGGUAAUACCGACUGUAAGGACGUACAAGGAGCACAAAGUGGUGAGUGUCAAAAGUCGGACGCGGAGACGGGAGGAGCCGGUGGUAAAAACGAGCCACCCUUAAGCGAGUCGACCACUUCAGACGUUGCGGGAGUUCAACGUUUAACGGUUGCAGAUAAGUGCCAUCUUAAAGCUGAGGAUGUCAGCAACAAUGGGGCUUCGGGCGAGUCGCUUGGUGCCACGAAGCACGUCUAUUGUACGGUGUACUGCAUUGCCAACGACAUGCAUGGGACGGACGCCGAAAUCACGGACCGCCACGACGACGCCGCCGCCGCCGCAUCGGACGGAGCAGAAACGGACUCGGGCGCGGUGACGGUGGGGGAUCUGGACGCGGAACCGGAGCCGUACACGCCGUGUGAAAUGUUGGACCCGUACUGGGAUAGAUUCCAGCGCCUGGAAAGGGCGCAGGCCGGUGGGUUGGAUUGUUGCCGGGUGUGCCUGGAGGAGAAAACCAUCGCAUCCCUGCCCUGCUGCGGGAAGGCCGUGUGCGACGAGUGUCUGAAACUCUACGUCAGCUCCCAGGUGUGGGUGGGCAAAGUUCUCAUCGGCUGUCCGAUCCCGGAGUGUAGCGGCACCCUGGAGGAGGGAUUAAUGAUUUCCCAUAUGAGCAAUGAAGAGCUGGCGAAGUACCACUACUUUCUGGAGCUAAGUCAGCUGGACUCCAGCACAAAGCCCUGUCCCCAGUGCAGCCACUUCACCUCUCUGAAGGCCCACGCCACAAACCGCUCCGAGCACAAGUACAAGAUCCAGUGCAGCAGCUGCCAGUUCGUGUGGUGCUUUAAGUGCCACGCGCCCUGGCACGAGGGACUCAAGUGUCGCGACUACAGGAAAGGCGACAAGCUGCUACGGACCUGGGCGAGCGUCAUCGAGCAGGGACAGAGGAACGCCCAGAAGUGUCCGAAGUGCAAGAUCCAUAUUCAGCGAACAGAGGGCUGCGAUCACAUGACCUGCGCGCAGUGCAACACCAACUUCUGUUACCGCUGCGGAGAGCGUUACCGACACCUCAGAUUCUUCGGGGACCACACGUCCAACCUCAGUGUGUUUGGCUGCAAGUAUCGUUACCUUCCUGAUAAGCCCCACCUCAGGAGGCUAAUCAGAGGCUCUGUCUGUGCCACGAAAGUGCUGAUCGCGCCGCUGGUCCUCCUGCUGGUGAUAGUGCUCGGAGCUCUCGCUCUGGUGAUAGGUCUGUUUGCUUUCCCUGUCUACUACGUCUGCAAGAGGAGGAAGAAGCAGCAGCAGCAGCAAACCCGAGGCACCGGGCAGUGGAUCUGACCCCGCUCCACAGCUAGCCGGAUAAAGGCGACACCCACAUCUCCUCAGGGACGGAUGCGCCAGCCUGAGGCGCGAGAAAAACUCUAAAGGAGGAGACUUCGCCGAACAAGCACGGGCUGUUUGAGCGGUACUUUCUCUGAGCAGAGCCAGGCUUUGAUAAUUGCACAUCAACACGUGGAGUUUAUUUAUAUCGCCCAGGGGGGAGGGGGGGGGCUGCUGUCGACGCGCGGAGGCCGGACGUCGAAGGACAGAAUUUUGAGGCGGCGACCAUGUGGGACAGCUUCGUUACGGUGAAGACUGAAUUACGGUCGGGAUGAUUGUAGCGGGCGCUCUGAACGUUUCUGCUUUUAAACUUUUUUUAUUAUUAUUAUUAUUAUUAUUCGUUUGCCUCAAAUUUAACGUCGGAGGAAGUAAUUUAAACCGACACAUGCGGUUGUAACAUUUCAGAAUGAGCUAGAGGGGUUACCGUUUCUGCAGGGUUACUGUCACGGGGGAUGAAUGCCACUUUAAUUCUGGGCUUUAAAAAAAAAAAAAAACAUCAAGGCAAGUUCCUCCCAGCAGCCGUCACCCAGCCUCUGGCGGGAUUCUGACUGGAUAUUUGUCCCUUUUUCAUACCAGAAACACGUUUGUUUAGGUUUCCUGGCACGAGUUCGACCUUUUGAGCGGAAGCUGAAUGUCUUCUGGUGAAAAGGUUUCAUGAUCAGACGAGACAGAGGUUAAGAUGUCCGGUCCCGGUUAUAAGAAGUGUCCUUGGAGGGAAGUCGGUGAGGCUUUUUGAACCUAAGACCGCCGUGCCAGCUGGUAAGCACGAGGGCGGCCGCAUCAUGCUGUGGUGCAUUGCACAGUGUGAAACUUGAAAAUCUACAGCUAGAUGGCUGAUAUUUUGGUAUAGUUGAGUAAUGGAAGACAGAAAAAAAAAUGUGUUGACUGGUUAAAGGAGCUCAGAUCCACUGUUAAAAAUGAGUUAUUUGUAAUAAGGGAUGAUUGAGAGCAGCAGAUCAUGAGUUUCCUCCUGUUUCACUGGCGGAAAGAUGAAUCUAUUCAGAAAUUGGGACAACCGUGGCUCCUAAAUUCUCGCUGGAAGGCCUGAAAACUGGGUGUGUGCCCGAUGCUAGAAGUUGCCAACACAGGUUGAGCCGUCAUGACACGCUGAAAGAGACAACCCCGUCCCCUCGCUUUGUUCUCCGGCUCCCUGUCUGCGUUUCCAUCCCCUGUUUUUGGCCCUGCUAACAGACCUCGCCCCUGCUCAGCCUGCUUACCGUGUCAUCAAAAAGGAAAAAAAAAAAAAAAAAGGCAGCCGUGCCAAAACAAAGUGCUGAAUGUGGUGCAACGUACAAUUGAUCCGGUCGCUUUGUCGUCCCGUUAUCUUUUUAGGGUUUAGCGUGUUUAAUGCCGUUGCUCGUCAGGCAGUGCCCCGCCAUAGUAGUUUUUUUUCCCCACAUUUUGUCACGUUACAAACAGACAGGAAACCAAGGGAAACAAGCGUGAUUCGUGGUUAUAAUUAGAGGGCGAGGCGCUUCGAUUCGGCUCCAGCGGUUAAAGCAUCUUCUGCUGCAAUCGCAGCUCCGGCUCGUUGUGGAGUAGGCCUGUCUGCACAUCUACAAACUGACAUUUGGGCCCGUUUAUUUCAGUUUUCUUGCAUGAAUAUGCUUCAAUUUAAAACCGUGGUCCUCAGUUCUGGUUCUCGAGGUUCGGUGUCCUGCUGCUUUUAGACCUUUAAUUAGCUCCAUCCUUCUUCUCAUCUCAUCUGACCAGCUUCUCUGUUCCUGCUAGAGGAAAGCAUCCCCACAGCAUGACGCUGCCUUUACCUUGUUUCAUCAUAGGGGAUGUUGAGCUCAGGGUGAUGUGCUGUAGUAGUUCUCCAUAAAACACAUUUAGCAUAUAAGCCAAAAAUCUCUUCUUUUUUUCUUUUUUUUUUUUUUUUUACCUCAUCCUACCAGAGCACGUUCUUCUACAUGAUUAAUGCGCUCACCCAGCAUGUUGCUGUAUAACCAAACCCUGCGUUAACCCUGCCCUCAGUUCUAUCUCUGACCCGACUGCUCUGUCCCGUGGUCCGGUGGGCUUAGGUUUCUCAUUAGGCGACUCGAUUGCCCUGGAUUUUACUUAGUUGCAUCAGGUUGAAGGCAAAGACAAAUGCCUGCCGCCCUUUUCAGAUUUCAGAUUCCUUUCUUACAAACACUUAUUUGUUGCUUUGUGCCGACCUAACCUAUAAAAUCAACACAAAAUAGCUGGAAGUUUGUGGUUGUAACGUGACAAAAUGUGGGAAAAAGAAAAUUGUGAAUCCUUUGCCAAGGCAUGGUAUACCCCCCACCAAUGAGUUCAAAAGGGUUUUAUAUAGCUGUGUUCUGCUUAACGUUAUCAGAUUUCAUAGUUUACAAGAAGUGGUGCGGUUCUCUUUAUGAACCUGGAUCGAUUUUAUUAGCAUUGAGGCAAGAAUGUAAACCCCGCGGGGGAGGGGGGCUCUGCCAGGGAAUCCGUCAGUUUCAAAAGCAUUAAAGGUCACCUGACUCUAUUGUUUGUCCCUUAGUUUCCAGGAAGGGUUCUAGAAAAAGAGGUUCAGUAUCAACUUGCUCCUGAGCUUUAAAACAACACAUUUAGGGAAAGUCAUUCACGGCUGUCCUUAUAAUCUGGUUUUGUUUUAUUGCUCCUUCAUGCGGAUUUUACAAAAAAAAAAAAAGUCCCCAUUGAAGCUGGAAACCGAUGCGUUGUGUGUCAUUUCAUCUGUAAAUGUCGCAGCGUUGAACUUAAACUCCAGGAUUAAUGGCAUCCGGUUUAAGGAAGCAGGAUUUAUCUUCAUGCUUGUCAAAGGUUUUGGCGGCGCACCGCUUUUAGCUGAGCUUUAUCCCAGGGGUGUGACAGGUUCUCCACGGCUGGGCGUUAAUAAGUGUCAAAGUUACACUGUAAUAACAGCGUUCACAGAAUACACUGACAUUAAAUCCUUGCACACUGCUUUCUGUAGUUCCAAGCGGUCCUAAAGCUGGGUUGAAUCCUCUCUCAGGGAGUUUGUUUUGUGUUCACUGGACCCAGAGUCCAACCCCCCCCCCCCCCCCCAAUCCCCGCCCCGUUAGCUGUGCCAAAGAAAUAGCUGAACAGCGCCGUGGCUUCUGAAAGCUUCCUGGUUGGCUGGCCAGCUGCUGUCUCUCUAAAACACGUUGAAUUCCAGGAAGCUGAGUGCACCGCCGCUCCAAAAGGAGAUCAGAAAUGUGUUUUCGCGUUGCCAACGCUGGCUCUUUUUUCCCCCCCGAGCCUGACUCAGCGGGAUUGCGAACUCUUUGUUGGGGUCAGAGGGGUGAAAACCAUGACUGAAAAGCAGAAUGAUAAAAUAAAAAAAUAAAAAAUGGGCACGCGUGUUGGGAGGUGAGCUUCAAAUGACUGAAAUGAAACGCGUGCCACUCGUUCCUGUGCAUCCCACUGACGCCGCUCCGCUAGUUCUGCACUGUCAUGUUUAGCAGCUGCUGUUUUUCAAGGUGUGAUUUAAGAUGUUCGCCUGCAUCUAAAACUGAUCCCCCAUUGGAUAACAAUGGCUGUCAUUUCCUACAUUCUUUAUGCCAUAUCACUUGUUUAAUUUAUUUUUCUGUGCCAUUUUACUGGAACGUGGUCCUUUUUUUUUUUUUUACAAUGCCUUACAAAAGUAUCCAAACCAAUAUUUUUUUUUUUUUUUUUCACAUUUCAGCUGCAAAGCACUAUGUAUUCUUUGGGAAAUUCAUGUGAAGACCAGCAGAAAACUAGCACCUAAUUGUGAAGUGUAAGGAACGUAGGAGUGGGGGGGGGGGGGAUGUCCAUUAGUGCUCAGCUCUCCUCAGUCAGUACUUCAGCUGCAAGUCUCUCUUCCAGCUUCCCUCUUGUCACACAUCCAUAAAGGCCGGAACAGGGCGUGGCUAAAACUGCCUAAACUGAGGAUCUCUUUCAGUUUAGGUGGCAGAAGGUGUUUAUUUAUGGGUAUCGGAACAAGGGGAGCUUAAUACAAAUGCACAUCGUAGUACAGACUUUGUUUUUUUUUUUUUUGUUUUUUUUUGUUUUUUAAAUUAGAACACACUGUAUCAUCUUCAAUCCACAAUUAUGCACCACUUUCUGCUGGUCUUCACAAAGUCCGAAAUGAAAUGCGUCAAAGUAUAGUGCAGCAUGACGAAAUGUGGAAAAAGUUUAAGAGGUAUGAAGACUUUUGCAAGGCAACCGUGCUCGGACUUUCCCACCGCUGAAAUUACAACGGCGCGAAAUUAGCUCGUUGCCGGAGAACGAACCUCAAAAUCGGCGUGAAGUUUGAGGAAGGAAAGCAACGUCCUCGGGUAAUAUUUUUCACUGUGACUGAAACUGCAUUUUUGUGAUGAGGUUUUUCUGUGCUUCUUAGUUGUUGGUCUAAAAUGAAUGCGGUUACAUUAUAGCUGGGCUUCAGUAGUUGUCAGCUGAGAUGUAUUUAUAUAGUCUCCCAUUAGGAAUACGAUGUCUGGUGAAACGGCUGUAGAUCAGAUUACGAACUUGUGUUUUAAAGAGCUGCAGAGUAUAUCAAAUCCCAGCCUUAUUUUGUGUUUAUUACACCUUGUACAUCUUCAUCCUCAAGAAUCAUUUAUGAAAACAGCGACGGGACACUACAGUUAAAUGCAUUUGGAAUAUUGUAGCCGACUGCUCAGUAAACAAAGGCAAUAAGUUUAGGUUUGACAUCCCUAAAACCAAAGUCCAGGGUGUAGGAUACAUCCGAAGCCUGCCUGUAAAUUUGCACAUGUUUAAUGGUCACUUUAUUCCGGCUAUUGCUUUUCCUAAGUUUUUUUUUUUUUUUUUUUUGGGGGGGGGGACAUAAUAAUCUGUUGCACUUUGAGCCCUGCCUCCAACAUUUGAUCGUCUGUGAAGGAGGAAAUGUUGCAGAAAGACGUGCCGCUUUCGGUUGGUUAAAUGUCUGCAUAAUUGAAAAGUAAGAGACCAUAGAAGUCCUGACUGUUUAACCGGUAAAGGUGGAUUUUUCGCUAACCUCAGGAUGAGAUUACACCUGCUGGACAUGCAAACCUGUUAGAACAAUAGCAGCGUGUUUAUGUGUGCAAGUCACUUUUUUUUUUUUCCGGGUAUCACUUUACAAAAAAAAAAAAAAAAAAGAAAUGUUUAAGGACCCGUUUUUUUUUUUUUUUUUUUUUUUUUUCCUUUCCAAAAUGCUGCCACUGUCGGAGAUAUCUGCUGAUAUUACUGUUGCUAAUUUGGCAAAGGCACAAACCUUCUUUUAUCUAAGAAUUUGAUGGACAAUAAAAAAAGGCCAAAAUGUG